UAUGUGGCAAAAACUAUCUCAGAAUUUACAACUAGUAGCAUUACAAGAAUUUGAUAUAAAAGAGAAAAGUGGUGCUGAAAACCAGUUUCGUCAUAAGUUUGUUAAAUUUCCAAAACUUGAGCUUGCUAUAAGAACUUGGGUUCAACAAAUUAUCACUGCAAAUAUGCUUUUAAGUGACCAUUUGUUAAGAGAAAAAGGAAUCAAAGAUCCGGAGGCAGCUAGACUUAAGAAAGAUCUUGAGUUAUAUUGUACAAUUGUUAAUGAACUUCUUGCUACAGAGGAUGUAAUGAAUGAUAAUGAAAUUCUUGUGAUGGUUUAUGAAAUCUUUAAUUCUAAGCAAGUG